AUGUCUAUGGAAAAAGAAAGAAACGAGCAUAGCCAACCGCCCAUUGAAAAUGGUACUCGUGAAAAUGGGGUCAGCCAUAGAGGGCUCAACAAGUAUUCUUGUGCUUGUGUGAUGGCUGCCUCUAUUACCUCUGUUAUAUUUGGUUAUGUUACAGGAGUGAUGACUGGAGCUUUGUUAUUCAUAAAGGAGGAUCUUCGAAUCAGUGACAUACAAGUGCAGCUCCUAGCAGGAAUCUUACAUGCAUGUGCACUACCAGGAUGCAUGGUUGCAGGAAGAACAUCUGAUUAUUUUGGUCGCCGAAAGACUAUCAUUGUAGCUUCCAUUAUCUUCAUAUUAGGCUCCAUUCUAAUGGGGUAUGGUCCAUCCUAUCCAAUCUUAAUGAUUGCAGAGUGUAUUGCUGGAACUGGUAUGGGUUUUGCUUUGAUUAUAGCACCACUUUACAGUGCAGAGAUUUCAUCUCCUUACUAUAGAGGCCUUCUCACCUCUCUCCCAGAUUUUUCCAUCACUUUUGGACUCUUGCUUGGUUAUUUGUCAAACUAUUUCUUUGCAAAAUUGACACUGAAACUUGGAUGGAGGAUGAUGCUUGCUCUUCCUACAAUACCUUCAAUUGUUCUGCUCAUUCUCAUGUUGAAAUUGGUAGAGUCACCAAGGUGGUUGGUCAUGCAAGGACGUGUAGGUGAGGCUAGGAAAGUGCUUUUACUAGUCUCUAAUACAAAGGAAGAAGCUGAACAACGCUUGAAGGAAAUAAAAACUGUUGUUGGGAUUGAUGAAAACUGCACUCAAGACAUUGUUCAUGUUCAUAAGAAAACUAGUAGUGGUGGAGGAGCAUUGAAGGAACUGUUGUGUAAACCUACACCAACUGUGCGCAGGAUAUUAAUUUCAGCAAUUGGAGUUCAUUUGUUCCUACAAAUUGGUGGAAUAGCGGGUGUCCUGUUAUAUAGUCCAAGAAUCUUUGAGAGAACAGGAAUGAAUGACAAGAGCAAGAUUCUUCUAGCCACAGUUGGUUUGGGAGUAAGCAAAACCAUAUUCACAUUCAUAUCAACAUUUUUAUUGGACAGAGUUGGGAGGAGGAUUCUGUUACUGGUUAGUUCAGGAGGUAUGGUUGUGACUAUGUUAGGUUUGGGUGUUUGCUUGACCAUAGUGGAACACUCCAAGGAAAAACUAGUAUGGGCAAUAAGCUUUACCAUUAUUAAUGCCUAUUUCCUUGUGGCUUUUUUGUCUAUUGGUGUAGCACCUGUGACAUGGGUUUAUAGUUCUGAGAUACUUCCCCUGAGGUUGAGAGCACAAGGUCUUGCUGUUUGUGUGGCUGUGAACAGAAUUACAAAUGUGGCAGUCAUUACGAGUUUCAUUUCAAUUUAUAAAAUGAUAACAAUGGGUGGGACUUUCUUUUUAUUUGCUGGUAUCAAUGCUUUGGGUUGGUGGUUCUAUUACUUCUUGCCUGAAACUAAAGGAAGAUCAUUAGAAGAUAUGGAGACUAUCUUUGGAAAAAAUUCAAAGUCGGAUGAAGCCUGA